GCAGGGCAGGAAGGGGCGGAGCGGGCUGGGCCGGGAGCACGGCUCGUCUGGGCUGGGCUGCGCUAGGGGUAAGGCUCGUCUCGGCUCGACAUGGGGGGCCCCCGGCGCCUGCUGCUGAUCUCCAACUCCACCCUGCACGGAGGGGGGUACUUGGGCCACUGCCAGCAGCACAUCCAGAAGUUCCUCGGGCAGAAUGUGAAGCGGGUGCUGUUCAUCCCCUACGCCCUACACGACCGCGACGCCUACGCCCGCACCGCCAGGGCGAAGUUUGAAAGCCUGGGUUAUGGGCUGGACAGCAUUCAUGAAUUUUGUGAUCCAGUGGAAGCUGUAAGGAAAUCUGAAGCAAUAUUCAUUGGAGGUGGGAACACAUUCCGUCUCCUGAAGGCUCUUUAUGACAACAGUCUGAUACAUGAGAUCAGGAAGAGAGUUCUUGAGGAUGGGAUUCCUUACAUGGGAUCCAGCGCAGGAACUAAYGUUGCUACCRUCAGCAUCAAUACCACCAAUGACAUGCCAAUUGUUUAUCCACCUUCCCUGAAGGCCUUAGGUUUAGUUCCUUUCAAUAUUAACCCCCACUACCUGGAYCCAGACAUUAAGAGAACUCACAUGGGUGAGACAAGAGAGGAAAGAAUCCGCCAGUAUCACGAAGAACCAAACACCCCUCCAGUUCUGGGUUUGCGGGAAGGUACCAUGCUGUUAGUGGAAGGAGAUAAAGCCACACUUCAAGGAGUGACAGGAGCACGUCUGUUUUUGAGGGGUAAGAAACCAACUGAACAUGAACCUGGAACAGAUUUCAGUUUCCUCCUGAAUGACAGUAAUGCCCCAAAUCUGUAGCCUUCCAUAUUCUGCAGCCAGAGUUACUAUAUGGGAAAGACAAUGAGCAAGAAGGAAAGAUAUGCUUGUAGUCUCAGGGUGGGUGGGGAACUUGAGCUUCAUAAAUAAAGAUAAAUAUGUAUUGCUUGGCUCUUUUCCUCACCCCAAUUCAUGUUUCAAUCAUCUCCUUCCCAGCAAAAAAAAAAAAAAAAAAAAAGAA